CGGAGGUGCGUGGAGUGGAGCUCAGGGCUGCCGAGGGGAGCGGAGCUGAGCGGCUGGGCGGGCCUGGCCAGGCCAGCGGUGCAGAGACGUCGGUCGAGCGGCGGCGAACAUGCGCUGUUGACAUAUUGGAGUUUGUCUUUAAUAUUUCAUAGGCUUUCUUGAUCAUGGAUGGUGAAGAUAUACCAGAUUUUUCAAGUUUAAAGGAGGAAACUGCUUAUUGGAAGGAACUUUCCUUGAAGUAUAAACAAAGCUUCCAGGAAGCUCGUGAUGAGCUAGUUGAAUUCCAGGAAGGAAGCAGAGAAUUAGAAGCAGAGUUGGAGGCACAAUUAGUACAGGCUGAACAAAGAAACAGAGACCUGCAAGCUGAUAACCAAAGACUGAAAUAUGAAGUGGAGGCGUUAAAGGAAAAACUAGAACAUCAGUAUGCACAGAGCUACAAGCAGGUCUCAGUAUUAGAAGAUGAUUUAAGUCAGACCCGGGCCAUUAAAGAGCAGUUGCAUAAAUAUGUGAGAGAGCUGGAACAGGCCAAUGAUGACCUGGAGCGAGCAAAGAGGGCAACAAUAGUUUCACUGGAAGACUUUGAACAAAGGCUAAAUCAGGCCAUUGAACGAAAUGCAUUUUUAGAAAGUGAACUCGAUGAAAAGGAAUCCUUGUUGGUUUCUGUACAGAGGUUAAAGGAUGAAGCAAGAGACUUAAGGCAAGAACUAGCAGUUCGGGAGAGACAACAGGAAGUGACCCGAAAGUCAGCUCCCAGUUCUCCCACGUUGGACUGUGAGAAGAUGGAUUCUGCUGUCCAGGCUUCACUCUCUUUGCCAGCUACUCCUGUUGGCAAAGGAACAGAAAAUAGUUUUCCUUCACCAAAAGCUAUACCAAAUGGUUUUGGAACCAGUCCACUAACUCCUUCUGCUAGGAUAUCAGCACUAAACAUCGUGGGGGAUCUCUUACGGAAAGUAGGGGCUUUAGAAUCCAAAUUAGCAGCUUGCAGGAAUUUUGCAAAGGACCAAGCAUCACGAAAAUCCUAUAUUUCAGGGAAUGUGAACUGUGGAGUGAUGAAUAGCAAUGGCACAAAGUUCUCUCGAUCAGGGCACACGUCUUUCUUUGACAAAGGGGCAGUGAACGGCUUUGACCCAGCUCCUCCUCCUCCUGGUCUGGGCUCUUCGCGCCCCUCUUCAGCUCCGGGUAUGCUGCCUCUCAGUGUGUGAGUGCCCGGCCUCCAGGUGGGGGCUCCUGCCCUCCUCCAACAGCCCAGGACACCCACGCCUCACCCCUUGGUGCCUGGGCCCAGCCCUGUGCCCUUCCAUCUGCCUCCCCAUGGCUGGCAGAGGGCAGGCUGCAUGUAGUGGCGGCUGCUGGGCCCUGCCCAGCCCCAGGACUCUGCGUGAUAUCAAUACUGGCUAUUUUUUCCUUCUCGCCGUAGUGCCGUUGGUUUCACAUGAUUGCACUUUUGUGGGUCACAAGGUGAUACAUACGUGUAUUACUUGGUUACUGGAUGCAGAAGUAUCAUUCAUCACACCUGCCUCAUAGCCCCCACUCUGCUGUACUGAUAGGAUUUAGUUGUGUUUAGGACAUUGCAGAUCUUCUAGAAGUUUUUCCCCAAAUCAGGUUUACAUGUGCCCUCUCCUGAGCUCCCACCCAUGCAUCUUCAGUGCUCAUGAUCAUGUGUCCCCCAACUUCAUCCCCACAGUUUGAACUGUUUCUGGCAGAGUCAGGAAGGUCACUGAAUUAGGGAAACAUUGUCUAUACCUUCUGAUUUUAUGUAAGCAGUUACCAUUCCAUAGUCUUGCCUCCAAAGCAGCAAGAUGCCCUCUGAGUGGCAGGUGGCAGGAACCUCCAGGCCUGGGCACUCACAGGGCUGAGCUUCCAUGCUGCUGCGUCGUCCAUGUGCCUCAGAGGUGGGUGGCAACUUCCUCACCAGCUUUCUGGUCCUUCAGUUAAAUGCCAUCUUCAGAACAUUUUUGUUUUAUCCUCUGAGGGUCCGUCCAGUUGCAUUGGGAAGGAUUGAGUGGCCUGAUUCCGGGGGCUGGCUGGUGCCAGUUCCUGGUGGCAGACUGACCAAAAGUGGUUGUCCCUGUGCAUCCUUUGGUUACUCUCAUGCUGCAUUUACUGUUUACAUUUGUUUUAUUGUACAUAGGUUUGUAAACAUUAUUGCCUAAGAUAUUUGUAUAUAACUUGGGCUUUGUAGCUUUUAUUUAUUCAGAACUCAUAUGGCAUGUUAAUGACUUAUGAUGGUGUCCUUCUCUGGGGCAGCUGUAUAGGAUCAUCAUGUGGCUAAAAAAAAAGAAAAAAAAAAAAAAGAAAAUACUUCCCCUCAAAAAAAAAAAUCUUUUAAUGUGGAAACAAUAAAUUUCACAAAAAAAAAAAAAAAAAAAGGAUUGAGGUUGCUUUAUUGGGUUCCUGCCAUCCCAUGAGAGAGAGCUGGAGUGUACAAAGGCCAAGUUCAAGUGUCUCUUUUGCUCUGAUAUGUGAUGUGCAGAUGAACAGCAGCUGUGGAGUACACAAAGAAGAUUCAGGUGGCCUUGGGAGAUGUGCAGGGAACAGGCGUGCUCAUGACAAUUCUUUGUGCUGGUUACCAGCUCUAUUUGAUUUCCAGGGGCAGCCCAAGAAUGUCCCAGGCCCCAUGUGAAAAUCUGGGGGAAGAUUCAGGACUUUGAGGGAUGGGGCUUGCCAGGUCAUGGAGUAACUAACUGGGAUCGGUCCAGGAGCUGGUCCUCCAGCUGUGCGGCCUUAUGACAAAUGUUUUGGGAUUACAAGUUGCUUGGAUCUGGACUUGUCUCCUGUUAUUCUCAGGUUAGUGCUAGCAAGUGAGAGAAGGUGCUAGAUGUGUGGUUCCAAGUACAAGGCAACAUGCCAAGAAACGUGUAAACUGGGGGUAUGUGUGAAUACGUCAGGUUUUGAACACUGCUACCUUACAGCAGCAUAUACAAAUGGCAUACUUCAUAGUUUUAAAACUAUAAGUGAAUGAAAAGUCAAAGUCCUAAGUGAGUAAGAAGUGUUAAGUAGGAUACAUAUUCAAAUAUUUUUGCUGUCAAGGAAUGUCUGUCAUUCACUGUUGCUGGAAAUUUUGUCAUAAGCUGACUCACCUAAAGGCAUUUGCAGUGGUGUGUGCUGUGCCCAGCUCUGCUGGUAGAGCAGAAGGAAAGAAAACUCCAAGUCUCUUAUUGCUUUUUUGUUCUUGCUGUAACAGGGAUUCAACCAGGGGUGCUUCUACCACUGAGCUCCCUAGUCCUUUUUACUUUUUAUUUUGAGAUAGGGUCUUGCUAAGUUGCCCCAACUGGCCUUAAACUUGUAAUCCUCAGGCCUUAGCCUUCAGAGUCAUCGGAAUUGUAGGUGUUUGCCAUUGAUGUGCAGUAGCUCCCAGCUUCUUGCCCAAGUAUCAUUGGAAGGAUUGGAUUAGAUCGGUGGUUUCGGCAUAUAGCAGACGUCUUUGUUCAUGUAGGAAUCCUAAAUCUGAAACCUAUCAAGCAGAGCUACUCUGGUUUAAGCAAGGAUGAGAUUUGGAAACCUGAGUCAUCAUCCCUGGAUUCCCAGUGUUUUCUCAGUUCCUUAGCAGCUGCAUACCUCUGGGUUCAUCUCACCCAGACUGUUCUUUCAAUUGUUGAUCAGUUGGUUGAUGGCUGGGGAUGGGCCCCAUGUAUUCACCAGUCCAAAAGACCACUGGCUAUAUCCGUGAAAGAGUAGUAGUAUGAUGUUAGACUUAAUUCUAGUCCCUUUGGGAGUAGACCCUCACUUGUUUUUUUUUUUUUUUUUUCUCAUGACUGUAGUAGCCCUUUGCAUAUGGCCCUGUAAGGAAACUGUUUGGCUCUGUAAGCCUCAUCCAUUUUUUUAGAUGAUUUUGUUCAAUAUUUUGCUUUGUACUUUUUCACAUAGAGCAUUUGCAACUUGGUGUGAAUGUUGCUACUCACUGUUUGCCUUUUUAGCUAAAGAUCUCCUCUGAAUGGAUUUCUUCCUAGGGCUGCCCAUUGCCUGGCUGUCAGGAAUGAGCCCCCUCCACGCUGGGUCCACGUGAUCUUCUCACCUGGAAGCAGCUGAUCUUCCGGAUGGCAAAGCACAGCCUCUUGCCUCCAGAUGUUUUUACUUCACCACCAGUCCCAUCCCUCGCUCCUGAAACAUCUUCCUGGAUGAGAGUAGGAGCCAGUGUUCCUCUUCCUUUCAGCCCAGAGUGGCCAGAAACUCUACUAACUCAUUUCAUAGUCCAGAGUCCCUGUGAGGCAUGGGAGAGCCAUGUGGAAGUGGCCGAGCCCAGCAGGAUAGUUAUUUUUUCCUCAGUUUGCAGAAGGGACAGUGUGCCCAGAGAGUUGGCCUUCCUGGAACUCACACAGCUAGCUCAGAGCAAAGCCAAGAUGGGAAAGAGGCCAGUGUCUUUUUCCACUAUGCCUUUCCAAACUUGAGUCUUUGCUGGCCUUAGCUUCUGUGGUCUGCCUUUUCCCUCAGGAGGUGAGUAGGUUUUGAAGGCUUGGAAAUGAUGAGCUGUGCGGCCAGCACAGCUGUGCAGCAGGAGGAAUCCAGUUCCCCCAGCCCUCCCUCCCUCCAUGUCCCGCUCUUGCUGGACUGUUCACUCUGCCUCUCUCAGAAGCUGUUUCAGAGCUGCCAUUAGCAUCUCCUGAGAGCUGGGAUGGAGGCCAGCACAUUUGGGAAAAUGGGAGAAGGUGUCCUGGGAGAGAGCCACAGCUUUAGGGAGCACCCUAUACCUACCUCACCCUCUCCUCCCUGAAUAAAACUGAGGAACCUGCCUGGCUGCUGGAGGGAACAUGGGCAAGUGUUGGGAUGGGCUGAGCAGUCAGUUGAUUUCACUGUUGGAAGACACCAAGAUAAGCCCUUUCACAUUCAAGUUUUUCCUUCAUGGUUGUUUUUCUCUGUUUUCCCCAAAGGUUAAGACAAAUUUUUAAAGCCAAGCCAAGCCAAAAAAAAAAAAAAAAAGUGAUUCUUUUCUAAAAAUGAGUAGAGGAGAGCAAUCAUCUUUGAAAGUCACUUUCCUGUGACUUUAAGCACCUUAUAUGAAAAAUUGUCCCAUGAUUAUUAAAAAUGUAACUUAUGGGAAUAUAGUAGUCUUUUUUUGAAUUUUAAGGAAAAAACACUAAUGGAGUAAAUAUGAAUGUAACAGAUUUCCUUUAUAAGUGUACAUGUGAAGAGGCAAAAUUGAAACUGAACAAAUCUUUUUUUUAGAUAUAUAUAAUUUUUAGUUGUCGAUGGACCUUCAUUUUAUUUAUUUAUAUGUGGUGCUCAGAAUUGAGCCCAGUGCCUCACACAUGCUAGGCAAACGCUCUACCACUGAGCCACAACCCCAGCCCCUGAACAAAUCUUAAUAGUGCUUGCAUUGGGGAUCAAAUGGGGUUCGUGUUGCGGGGGGUUUUGAUUCGAGGUCCUUUUGUUCAUUUACAUCUACAGGAAUUCUGUUAGAGUGUCCUGUCAGCUCUUUAGGAAGCCUCCCCCGAGGGACACAUAUUACACACUGAACUUGAACUUUUCCAUUUAUGGGGUGUUUUCUGAUCAGGUGUCAGUUUCUUGUCUCCAUGACACAGUAUGGAGAUGCUGCCUGGACCAUGGUUUGCGGGUGGAGGCCUGGCAGAGGGCAGUGGGUUCACUUGUGCUGGCUGGUCAGCCUGGGCUGUAGGUUUUCUGGACAUGGUUGAGGAAACAGAUGAGUGAUGUCUUAAUGACACUCAGCCCUGCUGCUUCCUGUAGUAGAGGAUGGAGCUAAGAAACACUUGCUUUGGUUCCAAAAAAAAAAAAAAAUGUGAUUGAUUUAACUAGGAAAAAAACUGUUAAUCCCAUUGUCAACUGGAAUGUAGAAGAGGUGGACUUUCGUGUCACUGGUUUCUUUGCUAUUCUGUAUGUCUGGAAUCAUUCUAACAAUGUGAUAAGCUAUGAAAACUACUUUUCAUACUCUGUGAUGGUAAGAACAAAUCAUACAAGUUUCAAUGGCUGUAAUACAGUGUUGGUUGGUAGGGAAUGGUCAGGAUGAGCCCCUGAAAACGUGCAGCCAUUGCUUACACACAAGACUGAAAAUGACCAAUGGAGAAGGACACAAACAGGAACAUGCUUAUGACAACUUUAUUAGGGGAGAAAAAUUGAAAUGCAAAGGAUGCAGAUGGCUUACUCUGUGGCUUCUAAAUUUUUUACUUUAAGUUGCUCAGAUUAAUUUUUGAAAAAUUGGCCGAAUACUGAUUUUCAUCCAUUGUCCUUCUGUGAUGAAGAGUUCAAGGUUUUCGAGCAGUAGCAACACAAGGCAGUAGCUCCCUGAUUGCCCAGUGACCAGCUCAGUCAUACCUGGAGAAAUGUUAGAAGCUUCCCGGGGCUGGGGUUGUAGCUCAGUGGUGGAACCCUUGCCUAACACAUGUGAAGCACUGAGAUUGAUCCUCAGCAUCACAUAAAAGAAUAAAAGAAUGAAUGAAUAAAUAAAUAAAGGUAUUGAGUUCAUCUACACCUUAAAAAAAUAUAGUAAUAGAAAAGGAGGAGGAGGAGGAACAGCUGCUGCUUUCCAGGUCCCCGAGUCCUGGCCUUGAAGGAGAGUAUUAUGUAUUUCAUAGAAUCUCAGACACCAGGGCUUAGAAGACACACCUAUAUUUUGCGAACCACUAAGAAAAAUGUUCCAAUUAGAACUAUGAAAAUGCUUAUCAUUUGUACUUUUUUUUUUUUGUGUGUGUGUGUAGUUGUAGGUGGACAGCAUGCCUUUAUUUGUGUAUUUUUGUAUGUGGUGCUAAGGAUCGAACCCAGUGCCUCCCACGUGUAAGGCAAGUGCUCUGCCACUGAGCUAUAGCCCCAGCCCUGUACUUCUUUUUUAAAGAUUUUUUUUUUGGUAGUGGUAGAUGGACAGAAUGCCUUUAUUUUAAUGUGGUGCUAAGGAUCGAACCCAGUGCCUCACACAUGCCAGGAGAGUGUGCUAUCGCUGAGCCCCAGCCCCAGCCCACCAUUUAUACUUCUUAUAAAUUUAUUAGCUUUUAAACUUCUUCAGAUUUCUAUCUUAUCACACUUAAUUCAUAUACAAAAAGAAAAAGGCGAGAUUCAUAAAAUAUCACCUUCUGAGUCCAACAUUCUGAACUACUUUAUUUUUUUGAACUACUAUUUGACCCAUUGUUUUCAUUACUUGUUUCCCCAAGCAGUGCUGCCCUGUGUGUUGUGCUGAGUGUUGGUGAUAUAGCAUUCUUGAAAAGUGUGUUCCACUGUUGGCUCCAGAAUUUUCCUCUAAGCUACUGAUAAGCAUUCUGCAAGUUUUGGUGCUGGGCUAUAUUGAUGUUACCAGAAGUCAGGUGAUAGCCACAUUCCAACUGCCACCUGCUGACAGUGAUUGUGAGAUGCAUGAGAUCCGGGGUAUUUUAUAAUCUGCACAGUACAAUAUGAUGGAGCAGGCAGCACCCUGCUUGAUUUCCCCCAGACCCAGUGUCACAUUAAAUCUUAAAUAAGGCUUCAUGACAUCCAGUCAGUUGGAAUGGAGCCCAUGAUUGGGCUACUUUGAAAAACUGAACAGAUCCCACUGCUGUAAUGAAUCAGACAUGAAUUUCCUGUCUCAGUAGGAGUCGAAGGACAUGCUUACACUUUUUGCAUAUGGUACAUACGCACUGCAACUGUAGGAUGACGCCAGCUCUGAAAAUGUAAUCAUCAGGUAACUAUGCCCUUUUGAUAGUUUCAUGUUAGAUUUCUGACAAGAACAAGACACUGCAUGUUUGGUGGAUUCCCAAAUGAUGGGAAUGGACUGGACUGCGAGGUCUGGUGCUGACUUCUGCAGCAGGACAUUUUAAAAAUCAGUCAAGAUUUGGAAAAGCUCUUGGUUCACAUUACCCCAGAAAGGUGGGGAGGGACUUCAUUGUAUCCCUCUUAGAGUGAUAAGGCAGUCUGCAGAGAGGACCUCCCCUCAGGUCUCCAGAACUAGAGAAAGAGGAGCUAUGCCUCUCCUUUCUCCUUUCCAGAGUCCAUUCUGUGGCCAGUUCUGGCUUUUGGGUUUUGAGAGGGUAGGAAGGGGGUGGUUUUGAAAGCUUUCUCCACUAGUCUUUUUUUUUUUUUAAAUAUAUUUUUAGUUGUCAAUGGACCUUUAUUUAUCGAUAUGUAGUGCCGAGAAUCAAAUCCAGUGCCUCACACAUGCUAGGCAAGCGCUCUUCCACUGAGCUCUAACCUCAGCCCUCCAUCAGUCUUGACAGGGACAGGUCUAUUCCUGGCAACACUGGCUUAGGGAAAAGGGGCUGUGGGACCGUCAUACCCAGCGCCACAGGAGGGCUGGCCAGAACAACUUGGCUUUAUGGCCCAUAGUUCAUUUUAAUUGGGGUUGCCAGGGAUGGGGAAAAUUGGUGACAGGAAGAACUUAUGGUGGGCUAUAGAGACUUUAGAGACUUCAGAGUUUUUCAAGUGUUAUCAAGCCAGCAGGCUAGAGAUAGGUGUUAGCUCUACCAGAGUAGUUUAAAUAAUCCCCAGAACCAUUAAAAACACACACACACAUAAAAACAAAAAACAAACAAACAAAAAAAAAACAGUGCCUAUGACAUAGCAAAGAUGGAGCAUUUAGUUUGCAUGAAGCUUUGAGGUAAAGCUCCAGCAUGGUUUCAUCCCACCUAAACCUCUUGUUGGGUUCCUCCUCUUGGUGACCUGUGCUACUUGGUGAAAGGUGGUCAGCCUCUUAAGACUUGCUAGCACUCUCAAGAGUCCACCUUCCUUGUGCCCUAAUGCUUGGGAGAGGUGUUAUGAACUAUCUUUCUUAGACCAUGAAUUUACUUUUAAUGAAGAAAGGUUCCUUCUAGUUAGCAUCUUUGUGGCAUCUGGAACUGGAAUCAGUCCAUGGAGAGUGUUUCUUCUGGUGGGCUGAUGUGGAGAGUCAAGCCAGCCAGCAGGAAAGAAUUCUUUGAGACAAACAAUUCCCAUAAGUCCAUGAACUUCUGGACUAAUUUAUUGGAUGUGGGUGAGAGAAGGUAGCUGCAACACUGGAACUCCAAAUACUUUUGCGAACAAAAGGGAGCACUUUUGACCUCCUCAUGUCCUCACUGUUGCUAAGAAGCUUAGACAUGCACCUCUUACCAGGUUGAUGUGUGGGCUUACACUUGACUAAUAGCCAAGACUAUUAUGGAGCAAGAAAUCUUAUUUGGCCAGGUGUGGCGGUACAUGCCUGUAAUACUAGUGGCUCAGGAGGCUGAGGCAGGAUUGUGAGUUCAAAGCCAGCCUCAGCAAUGUAGUGAGGCCCUAAGCACCCCAGGAAGACCCUGACUUUAAAUUAAAAAAAGGGCUGGAGAUGUGGCUCAGGUGGUUACGUGCUCCCGAGUUCAAUCCCUGGUGCCCAAAACCCCCAAAAACCUAUCUGCCUGCCUGGGAUUUCUCUCCAACUUUAGCUACUUGAAUCCACUCCCAAAGUGCUUUCAGUGUAUAUCCUGUCUGAAGAUGCAACCUGAAACUUCUUGGACCUCUUAAAGUACUCUAAUCCAGUGAUUACCUUCUUUGGUUGAUGACCCAAACCAUCCUGAAUUGCUUCCUCGGCAGAAGGGUCUCCAGCCCCACCUUCGGGUGUCCUUUCCCUCCCUAACUAUCCACACAACAGCAGGUCACUGGUGACAACAGGACUUAAGAGCCAGGACUGCCUGGAGAUGUAGCAUACCAUUGAGUAAUUUCUGGGAGAGGAAAGAUCCAGUGGACCUUGUACCAUCUUUUAAGUCUGUGUAGCUAACCCCUUUCCAGUCAAGUCACAGAUGGGAUAUUGAGAACAGAAGGUGAGAAAACAGGUUCCAUGUUCACAUGAUUAUUCUUCUUUAUUGAGGUCUGUUUAUUCUCAACGGGUGCUUUUUCCUCCAAGUAAAUAAGCAGGCGUAAGUAUCUAUAAUGAAUAAAUUUAUUGUCUUACAAAAAUCAUUGUCUAGAAAUAUGGGAAUACAAGAAAAGAUAUUUGCAGUCAGGUGUCUGGUGGUCAACAGCCAGUACAGUUCAUACAGGGGGAAACCAAAGAUUCCAAACCCAUGUGACAAAUUCUUCCUAACAGAUGUUAAAGCUUUCAACCCAAAAGGUUUGUGUUUUCAAGCACAUUGCAGAGGAUCAAGGAUUUAUAAUUAACACUGAUUUGUUGUCACUGAAUGUUUAUAAUACCACUUUGACUAGAGAGGUACAUGAUAUGAAGCACAGUCAAAACUUAAUACAUUAAAUUGUUAUAGAGGCAAAUAAUAUAUUUAACAUUGUCUUAGUACUGUAGUGUCUAAGGCACUUUCUGUAAUGUCAGUUUGCUUAACUAUCAACCAAAAACAGAAUGCUAAGUGUUCACUGUAACACUGUCCAAAACGAAGGGAAAAGGAAAAAUGAAGAAGGAUUCACACCCAGGGCAUGUCAACAUUCAGGCAGGUGGCAUCUGUUCUCGAGGUCCUCAAAACCUCAUUGACAAACUUGUAACAAGCCUCGGACACAAAACCAAUAUUCCCAUUUUGGGCUCAAAGCAGCGGCUGAAUUUGAAGUCAGCACAAGGGCCUGGCUGGCGAGGGAGGGCCUUCUGCUAGCUCCUUUGGGGGCCAUGGCAGCUUGUUCCUGAAGUGAAGGGGGCACUGGCCAAGCCAGAUGCUUCAGGAGACCAUCUGGAAGUCACUGGAUGGCUGUCACCUGAGGCCUCCGCUGUGUCGUGGCCACCACCCUCUUUAUGCACAGACCAGCCCUGGCAGGACAGUUCACAUGAGUAGAUGCAGGGACACCACCAACUUGAGGGGCAGAGCCACCCCGUGGGAGAUGGGUAUGGUAACCCCAAAUGGAUGCGGCUUCCCCCAAUCCAACCCACCCCUCCUAAUCUUUCCGAAGCCCCUUUCACAGUUUGCUCACUGAAAUAGUGAUCAUUAUUUGAAGAAAAUGAGAUACGAGUGCGGUUUAGGUUCCACAAUGUUCUAAGACUGGAUGCGGCCGAGGAGUCAGGGCCACAUGAACACAGAACUAAGUUACCUGUCUGUCUGACAAGAGAGCAUGCAGAGCGACUGAGCAACGACCACGGGGCUGCCCCGGACCCAGCGACUGGCAACGAAGGGUCUGGAGUUUGCUUUAAAAAGGGUUCUUUUCUUAACAUGUAUUAUAAAAUGGUCUCUUGAUGAAUAUAUGGAAAAUAGAUGCAACGAUGAAACAAUCUG